AUGCCCGGAGCCGCCAGGGGCACCGCGAAACAGGUUCUAGAACAGGAGGAGGACGGGGAACAGGAGGAUGGCGAGGAACAGGAGGAAGCGUCAGAGGAAGAAGACAACCAGGAACACGAGCCGGAGGACGAGGCCUCGUCCUCCUCCUCGUCGUCGGACCAGGAACAAGAGCAAUACGCUCCCGGGGUGGAGAGAGAUACGUUCCGGUCGAAAAACGGAACGAUCGCGUGGUCCUCAGUCGCGUAUCCCAAACAGGGCAGGCCGUCACGACCGAACGUGGCGGCCACGAUGCCCCCGGGCCCCACGGAGAACGCCGUCUCCCGCGUGCGGGACGUAGCCUCCGCAUUCCGGCUGUUCAUCACACCCGCGAUAGAGAGCGUGGUCCUGGAGAUGACAAACCUGGAGGGCUCUCGGAAAUACGGAGACGGCUGGAAGGCGAUGGACGCGAUCGACCUGCGCGCGUACGUGGGGCUGCUGAUCCUGGCGGGCGUAUUCAGGUCCCGAGGCGAGGCCGCGGCCAGUCUGUGGGACGCGGAGAGCGGAAGGCCCGUAUUCCGCGCCACCAUGCCUCUGAAACUCUUUCACACUUACUCGAGGCUGCUGCGAUUCGACGACCGCGAGUCGCGCCCGGAGAGACGCGCCACGGACAAACUCGCGGCCUUACGAGAGGUCUGGGACAAGUGGUCCGAGCGGCUCCCGUUCCUCUACAACCCGGGCCCUCACGUGACGGUGGACGAGCAACUGGUCCCGUUCAGAGGUCGUUGCCCUUUCCGCCAGUACAUGCCCAACAAGCCCGCGAGGUACGGGAUCAAGUCGUGGGUGGCGUGCGACGCUAAAUCCAGCUACGCGUGGAAGAUGCAAGUGUACACCGGGAAGCCAGCCGCGGGCGGCCCGGAGAAGAACCAGGGCAUGCGGGUGGUGCUCGAUGUGACAGAGGGGCUCAGGGGGCACAACGUGACGUGCGACAAUUUCUUCACCUCCUACGAACUGGGACAGCGGCUCCUGGCCCGGGGGCUCACGAUGGUGGGCACGGUUCGCAAGAACAAGCCCGAGCUCCCUGCCGCGCUGCUCGCGACCAAGGCCCGAGAGGUGUUCUCGUCCAGGUUCGCGUUCACCCCGAGCGCCACUCUAGUGUCCUACGUGCCCAAGAGAAGCAAGAACGUGUUACUGCUGAGCACGCUGCACACGGACGCGUCGGUGAGCGAGCGCCAGGACAGGAAACCCGCCCUCAUCCUGGACUACAACAGCAACAAAGGAGGGGUGGACAACCUAGACAAGGUGGUCGGAACCUACAGCUGCCGGCGGAUGACGGCCCGCUGGCCCCUGGCGGUCUUCCACAACAUAAUCGACGUCUCCGCGUACAACGCCUUCGUGAUAUGGAGGGAGCUCAACCCCGGCUGGAUGACCCGUAAGAGGAACAAGAGGAGGGUCUUCCUGGAGCAGCUGGGGAAAGCUCUCGUGACGCCGCUCAUGGAAAGAAGGGUGCGUAUCCCGCGCACACACUCGUCCGCGGCGCUCGUGAAAGCCGCGCAGAGCGCUAGAGCCGGGGUUCGCCCCGAGGGCCUGGAAGCCGCUGCCCGUGCCCCUGGCCCUGCCCCUGCCAGUAAGAGGAAGAGGUGUCAGAGCUGCCCGCCCAAGAAAGACUGUAAAACCCACACGGUGUGCAGCGGGUGUAAGAGAUACGUAUGCAAACGCUGCACGCACGCCUACUGUCCCACGUGCCCCGAUUGGGGGUUUACACAAGAAGAGAAGGACUGA